GUCAAAAAAAAAAUGUCGGAAUGAUAUGAAAGAAUUUGAAGAAAAAAUAGAUUUGCAAUUUUUUGUUUCCGUGAAUGUAACUUUUACAAGAAUCACUUAUAAUAAAUAAUCAGAACAUAAAUGCGUCGUCCCAAGUAACCUCUUUAGAACCCGCUCAAUUAUGAAUGGCGCCGCAGGUACCUAUCCCAUCUGAUGAUAGAAACAUUUAGACGCGAAUCCAACACUAAAAAUUAAAGAUGGUAUGCAUUGAAUGUUUGACCUUUACCUAUCCCAUCCAGGUUUUCAGAUAUUUUUUUACUUGAAAACGCAGAGAUGAUAACAUCCAAGGGUUAUCCUUACGAAAAUUAUGAAAUCGUUACGGAAGAUGGAUUCUUCCUGCAAUUACAUAGAAUUCCAUUCGGUAAAAAUCUGAAAAAUACGGUAGAAGUAAAAGCCUCAGUUUACUUACAACAUGGAUUACUCAGCACAUCGUGCGAUUUCUUAAUGAAUUUGGAAAACCAGAGUCUAGGGUACAUUUUGGCCGAUAAUGGUUUGGAUGUUUGGAUAGGAGACAUAAGAGGCAACAUAUAUUCCAGGAAACAUAAAACUUACACAACCAAUGACAACAAAUUUUGGGAUUGGAGCUUUGACGAGAUUGCAAAAUACGAUAUUCCAGCCAUCAUCAAUUUUAUCAUUAAAAAAGCUAACAGAGAUUACGUAUAUUACGUGGGACAUUCUCAGGGGACUACGGUAGCAUUCUCGAUUUUAUCUCAGAACCCUAAGAUGGCUAGCAAAGUUAGGAUACUUUUUGCCCUAGCCCCCGUGGCUUACUUAAAACAUAUCACAUCCCCCAUCAGAUAUUUGGCACCUCUGACAUUAUCUCGAGAUCUUAUAACCGUAAUGUUAGAAUAUUUGAUUAUUCAAGGUGAUAAAGAAUUUAUCCCCAGUAACUCUAUAAUAAAGUGGUUGGCGAAAUUUGUAUGUCCAAAUAAAAUCGUAAUAAAUAUGUGCGCCAAUUUGCUGUAUUUGAUUGGAGGUACAGAUACAAAAAAUUUCAAUCAAUCCAGAAUACCGGUAUACUAUGGGCAUUACCCGGCUGGAACCUCAGUGCGAAACAUGGUUCACUUUGGUCAGGCAGUUUUGAACGAUGAUUUUAGCAUGUACAGUUUAGGAUUUCUAGGAAACCUAAAAAAAUACGGAAGAAUAGUGCCCCCAUCUCACGAUAUAAGACAGAUGACGACUCCGACAAUGAUUUUUUGGGGACAAAAGGACUGGCUAACAAAUCCCAAAGACGUUGACAAGUUAAUUUCAAAAAUUAGCAACCUGAUGGGUAAUCAUAAAUUUGAAAAUUCAAAUCAUUACGAUUUUGUAUACGGGAUCAAUGCCGCUAACGACUAUUAUUCUAUUAUCGUUAAAACUAUAUUGGAUACAGAAGCCAAUAAGAAUUAUUUUAAUAACUCCUCUAUCUAAGAAAAUGACAAUAUUUAUUCAGGAUAUAAUUAUUUAUAUUUUUCAUUUGUAUCGUAGUAUUCUUAAAUGUAUACAUGUUA